AGUGACGAGAUUAGAUGUUUAUGGCAUUGUUGUUUCACACCCUCAGGAUGACAUACUAGGGUUUUUCAUCGUAGAUAAGACCACUGUUCCAGUUUAACGGGUGGCCAUGUUGUCUGGUGAUGUUUUGUUUACGUUCCACUCCUUGUGCUCCAGAUGUUGCCGUUCGCAAAUUCUGUAUGUCAAAGCCCAAACUGCUAGUUGUUCUUGUAAUACUUUGUAGUUCACUAUGAGACCGCAAUUGUACAGUUGUUGCUCUUGUACAGUAGUGGAUAGCAUAGCAUAAGUGGAGGGUUCUCGGACAUCAGCACAGUGCCGAACGUACACCCUCUGAUGACGAAAUGUACCUCAUACUCGUAAAGUAUAAUUUAGCCGUGAAUAAGUGAUACAUGGAGGAGCCCUAUGGCUUCAUUCUCCAAGCAAAACAUAAUCGUUGCGCUCUUUUAGGAGGUUUACCAAUUGCGAUCAUAUGGUAACAGUUAUAGUCAUAUGAUAACAGAUAACAUCAGUUUUGUCACUACACCAUGUGCUCGGAAUAGCGUCCACUGGAACACCACCAUGCAUGAUGUGCGCGACAAGUUUGAAAGCGGGGACUUUUGUGUGUGUCAGUGGGAGACUUUUAACUCAACAUAAGCAUAGCUUCCACUGAACCGGAGGUUCUUACCUUCCACUCUCAGCUGUGCGCCGGACUUCGGAAAAGUGGCGGGCUACUCUUGACACUUAUUUACAUCAAGAACUUAAGCUGAUUCAUUGACAUGUCAAACGUAACCUCGUCGCCGCGUGGUACACUUUUAGUUGGCUACAUCUUACCACCUAAGCGAGAAGCGCAAAGGAACCAAGAUGAAGGUUCGGACCCCGAAGAGGACGAGGAAGAGGAAGACGAUCCAGAGUUUCUGGACAUGGGUGAAAUGGAAAGCUUGUCUGCUGGAGGGCACAUGUUUCAUUCGUCCGUGCCACCACGACUCGAGGUUGACUUCCUGGUGUUGGGCUCUGGCAGGACCCUGCGGGUGGAUGGCCGCUUCCCCCUCACGGACCCCUGGUGGGAGGUCACCUGUCGGGUGGGGCGCACUAGGAACGGCCGGGCGGUCCUCCAGGGUUUCCCCUCGUAUGCACUUCGCAGGGACCUGGAGGGUGCGGAGAGCCGCUCCUUGGCGUUCCAGUUUCUGACCGCGUGUGGUGCGGCGCCAGAACACGUCAUCCAGUUUACGGAGUGGCUGCCGGAGGGGACAGAGGUGGGGCUCGACACCCUGCCGGAGCUCCUGGAGGAGUUUGAAAAUGUGGAGAAACACAAGACAGCCGCAGAUUACAUGAGGCGUCUGGUCUCCAAGUCAGGUGCAGGUUUGUGUGUACAUGCUGCCAGACUGUACCCUCUGGUGAUGAAGCACCUGCCCACCCUCCUGCCCCGGCAGUUCAAGGAGCUCCUCGGGAUGGGGAAGAAGAAGGACAAGGACGCCCCAGAGAAGCAUGCUGAGGUGGAACUAGCAGAGGAUCUGCUGGCAGGCCUAGAAGAGAUCAUUGAGACAGAUGUGUGGAAGCUGGGCUUCAACUCUAUUCUCUACAGGGAGCUGAACUUAAUCCGCUGCGAGGCUCGUCUCGAGGCCUUUGAAGCGUGUGGUCUGUUCCAGACCAUUCCGGAGUUGCAGCGGCACGCGCUGCUGGUGUACGACCAGCUGAAGCGCCAGUGCCAGCGCUCGGGCAGCACGUACGUGGAUCUCCAUGACCUGGAGGAUCUGAUGCACGCCGAGCUGCGUGAGCUGUCCGUGUGGGAGGCUGUACGGUUCCUCAAGGAGGAGGGCGUGGUGGUGCUGAAAGGCAAGAAGGUGGUGCUGCAGAACCUCUAUGCCUACGAGACGGGCAUCGGGGAGAAGCUGGCGCUGCUUACGCGGGGUGGGACUGCGCCGUGGCGCAUCGAGCUGGACGUCAGGCGGGUGCUGACGGAGGCACAGGAGGAGAGGCUGAGGGCGCGGGCAGAGGCACAGGCGGAGGCAGAGGCACAAGCCGAGGCAGGUAUAAACAAACAUGGAGGACAGGUGAAUGGUACAGCUGUCCCGGAGCAGGAGGCUGGGGCGGUAACGGUUAUGGAGAUGCCCCAAGACAGAGCAGGGGUUGCUGGGAAUGGACCUAGGGAGGACCUGGGGUACUCCAAUGGGGAGACGUCCACACAAGCCGUUCACACAGAUGGCGGCUCCUCCCGGGACGUGACCAUUGACCUUACGCACUCAACCCCGACCCAGGAGGUUCCCGGACCCGAGGAACCUGCCCCGGACCGGCCUGUGGAGUUACAGCUGGACCCCGAUCAGGUGCGGGCGGCCGAGAUGAUUUGCUCCAACCCGGUGACGGUGAUCAGUGGUAAGGGCGGCUGCGGCAAGACCACGGUGGUCAGCCUGGUGUUUAAAGCCGCCAUGCAACAGCGCCACCGGGACCUGGAGGAAGUCCAGAAAGCCUGCAAGGACUACCAGAACGACCCGGGUGGCUCGCAGCCUGUGAGCGACACUGACCCUCAGGUUGGUGAAGAGAACAAGCAGCAGCAGCAGCAGCAGCAGGAGGAAGAGGAGGAGAAGAAGAAAAAAGACGAGGAGGAAGAAGAGAAGAUUGAGGUUCUUCUGACAGCACCCACAGGCAGAGCGGCUGGGCUGCUGACCAAGAGGACGGGCUUCACUGCGUACACAAUGCACCAGGUGUUGUUCAGCUACAUGCACUGGAAGAAGGCCAAGAAGCCCACCGAGACACAGGACCCGGGGGAGGGGGCGCCCUGGAAGUUCAGAGGGGUGCGGGCGCUGGUGGUGGACGAAGGCAGCCUGGUGUCCGUGCAGAUCCUCCACUCGCUGCUGGCCAUCCUCACAGGAGAGGCCCGGCUCCAGAAGUUGGUCCUGCUCGGUGAUGUGCGCCAGCUACCCAGCAUUGAGCCGGGAAACGCACUGUAUGACCUGUUCGUCAGUCUGAGAACAGUGCACUGGUCCAUCGAGAUGAGAACCAACCACCGCGCUGAGUCUGAACUCAUUGUCAAAAACGCUGGACAGAUUGCAGACAUGGGUAAGAAGUGCUGCUUCCGCCCUCUGGACUUUGAUGCCGUCGUGGACCUGGACUCCUCCCACGAGAUGCCCGCUGCCGACAGGAGAUUCAUCUACGUACGGGUGGGGAGCAACGACUGUGCUGUUCAGGAUGCCAUUUCGCUUUUACUUGGACACGGUGCUGGGCUUCAAGACCAUAAAAACUCCCAAUUCAUCGCUUUGAGGAGGAAGGACUGUGCUCUGAUCAACGAACUUUGUUGCAAGAAAUACGUGGGUCACCCAACCAAAAACCACAAGAACAGGAUGGACUUUCAAGUGGGGGACAAAAUCUGCUGCACCAGGAACAACUAUGUCACCGACCGGAGCCAGGAGCUCGGGCGGACUCGGGCGGCGCCGAUGACGGAGCAGCAGGCGGCCGUCGCCGUGCCAACUCAACAGGGUGGCCCUCUGACCUCUGACCCUCAGGAGGGGAGCAGUUACGGGCGGGCAGAACGGAAGGAGAAGAAGAAGAAGAAAGAGGAGAAGGAACCUGAGAGAGAACGCCUGUGCAAUGGAGAGAUCUUCUACAUCACAGAGGACUUGACGAAGGUGGAGGAGGGCAGCAGGAGGAGGAGCCAGAAGCGGUACCUAACUCUGGACGACGGGCAAGGGAAGGUGCUGUGUGUGCUGUUCAGGGAGCUGCAAAAACUCUGCAGGAUACAGCAUGCCUGGGCGCGAACCAUACACACCUUCCAGGGUUCAGAAGCCGAAACCAUCGUGUACGUAGUUGGCAGUGGGGUGGCUCAGGACUGGCGGCAUGUGUACACGGCUGUCACGCGUGGCCAGAAGCGAGUUUUCAUCGUCUCCGAGGACGCCGAAAUCGAGAGGGCAAUCAAAGGGUACGUCAGAAAACGCAACACUAGACUCAGCCAGCUAGUCAGAGAGCUGGUCGCAGAACAGAGAUCAGCAGAAGAGGAGCCAAUGAGUCAGUCCUACCUCACGCAGGCCUGCCUGGGCACCCCCUCUAAGGGAGCCCCAGGCUUUCGGCCUCUCCAGGCCUCGCAAACUCUGAGCCAGACCCCAGGGCCCUCUGCAGUGCCAAGAGAUCUCAAGAAGGAAUGUGUGGACCAGGACUUGGACACAAGUGAUGGUCAGGCGUAUGGAGCGCCUAUGGAGGGUACAGAGGACCACACAGCCGUUGCCAAGGAAAAAAAACCCUCCUGGGUCCUUAGUGGCCCUCAGCAAAGUCCAGUCGGCAGCAAACGGGCCAGUGGCUUUGAGGGCUGGAGCACUCCACCCAAACAACUCAAGGUGGCCUCUGAAGACUCCCCUACUGGUGCGUCGAGUCUCCGUCUGCUCACGUUAGACUCCCCCAGCCCUGCCCCUGUGGUGAAGCACCUCUUCUCUAGAAGGGCAGGAGAGGACGCAGCCGCCGGCACCCCGAGUCCAGUCAUGAAAUUCCGGCCCAGAGUUGGGCUGUCUGAGAGGUUUGCUGCUGCGGCAAGAUGCAAAGAGGAAGGGAGAGAGGGAGGAGCAGGGCCCAGCAGCGCCCACCCUCAAGAGGCCUCUCCUUCCAUGAUAGUCCCAGGCUUUGGUAGGCCUCCGCACUCUAGCCUGGAGACGUCCAACACCACAGUGCCUCCUGCCAUUAAAUAUCCCAAAUUAUUCCGAGGACCUUGCAAGGAGGCCAACUCAAGUGAGACCUGCCUGCAGGAUGAUCUAGCUUUCACUCAGGAAUAUAGCUGGUCACCUAUGGGUUUUGUUGAUGACUCCUCAGCAAUGCCUCAUAGAAGUUCUGUGACAGACAGUUUGGAAGUUGAGUUCUCCAAAGAGCCAGAUGUUCUCCAAGAGAUGUUCAACUGACAACAAAAGAGUCUACGUAACAGCACAGAGACCUCCAGAACUACAGACGGUCCCCUCGAGUGUCCAGUGGUUUGGUCAGAUGCCUUAAUUUCAAUCAUUCCCCAUCCUUGAUGCCAGACAAUUCCCUGACAAUUCCCUAACUGCAAGAUCACAAAUCAUUAUUCGAUGUAUAUAUGGUGACGGCCAAAGGUCCCGUUCUCAUCUGAGUGACACUGAGGGAUGUUCAGCCUCAGCAUAUGCCUCUCAAUGUCUCUUUUGCGUGUGCCUUUCAUAUGAAAGACUUUUUUAUACUAAUAAAAAGUAUUUUCAUGUGUUUACAGAAAUUCAGAAUAAUGGUCUGGAAAUUUUUUCUUUUUUUACAAGUGAAUUGAUAUUUUGGGUGUCACAAACAAAAGUGAAUGUUUCAGAGGCAGGGUAGCCAAUGAUGGAGGUAAAAAACGGACAAGGUCUACAGAACUCCAGGAAUUGUACUGCCUAUAUAAAGACUAAAAAGAACAAA